GUUGAUGGGGAUGAUGGUGAUGGGGGUGUGGUCAUUGAUGCAGAUUGUGUCAGCAUCGGUGGAAGAAGCGAUCGCAGCAGUAGUGGUAGCACCACAGCCGCCGAGAUGGUUGCGUACAACUUGACCGGUGAGAUCGGUGUUGCCGGUGGUGGCAUGCUUGGUGUUGAUGACGAGGUUGCAGAUGAUGCGAUCGCUUCACACGGCCAUCAACUGCAACACCUGCAUCAUCACCAUAAGCACCAGGGUAGCAUCGGUAGUGGCAGUGGCUCCUCAGGCAUGUUAGCGAUGGUGUCCACGGCCGGUGGUGGUGGAACAGGAGGCAGUGUGAGUGGUGGGACGGUUGGUGGGACCAUCACCUCAUCGGCAUCGUCUAGUGCGAGCGCUAGUGUUCCGUUGCUGCAGCAUCACCAUCUGCAUCAUCAUCAUCUCCAUCAUCAUCUGCAUCAACAUCUACAACAGGCAGGAAUGGUUUCCGGUGAAACCGAUUCCGCUGGUCAUCCGAUCCCGAGCAAACGGAACAACCUGUAG